AUGGGUCGAAUGGAAGAUGCAAAGACCGUUAGACCAACAACAACAACAACAACAAAAACCUACAGAGAGAUCAUUGUAACAACAAACAACCCAACCACAACUCAACAACCGAAAAAGAAGGUAUCUCCCUCCCGAAGCAACUACAACAGCGAUGGAUAUUAUUCCAUCACGUCCCCAAUAACCAACAAAAGCUGGGUACCUCUCCAACACACCAUCACCAACAACCACAAAAGAGCUGGGUACCUCUCCAACACACCAUCACCAACAACCACAAAAGAGCUGGGUACCUCUCCUACACGCCAUCACCAACAACCGCAAAAGAGCUGGGUACCUCUCCAACACGCCAUCACCAACAACCACAAAAGAGCUGGGUACCUCUCCUACACGCCAUCACCAACAACCACAAAAGAGCUGGGUACCUCUCCAACACGCCAUCACCAACGACCACAAAAGGGAGUGCAGGGUACCUCUCCUAACGCCAUCACCAACAACCGCAAAAAGAGCUGGGUACCUCUCCUACACGCCAUCACCAAACAACCGCAAAGAGCUGGGGUUACCUCUCCAACACGCCACCAAACAAACAACCAAAAACAAAGAAGCCUGGUGGACCUCCCUCCUAACAACCCAUCACCAACAACGCAAAAGACUGAGGUACCUCUCCCAACACGCCAUUCCCAACCAAAAAACCCAAAAAAGAGUUGGGUACCUCUCCCUACACGCCAUCACCAACAACCGCAAAAGAGCUGGGUACCUCCUCCCAACAACGCCAUCCACCUAACCAACAAGCAAAAGAGCUGGUACGCUCCAACACGGCCAUCCACCAACCAACAGCAAAAGAGCUGGGUACCUCUCCUAAAACACGCCAUCACAACAAAACCGCAAAAGAGCUGGGUACCUCUCCAACACGCCAUCACCAACAACCGCAAAAGAGCUGGGUACCUCUCCUACACGCCAUCACCAACAACCGCAAAAGAGCUGGGUACCUCUCCAACACGCCAUCACCAACAACAGCAAAAGAGCUGGGUACCUCUCCUACACGCCAUCACCAACAACCACAAAAGAGCUGGGACUAUCCUACACGCCAUCACCAACAACCGCAAAAGAGCUGGGUACCACCUCAAACGGCUCCACCACAACAAGCAAAAAAAGCUGGGUACCUCUCAACACGCAUCACCAACAACCGCAAAAGAGCUGGGUACCUCUCCUAACAGCCACCACAACGCAAAAGAGCUUGUAACCUCUCCUAACGCAUCACCAACAAACCGCAAAAGAGCUGGGUACCUUCUCCAACACGCCAUCACCAACAACCACAAAAGAAGCUGGGUACCUCUCCUACACGCCAUCCACCAACAAACCGCAAAGAAGGUGGGUACCUCGCCUACAAAGGGCCAUACAACAACCGCAAAAGAGCUGGGCCUACCUCCAACCAACACGCCAUCACCAACAAACCACAAAAGAGAUGGGCUACCUUCUCCAAACGCAUCACCAACAACACAAAAGAGCCUGGGUACCUCUCCUACCAACGCAAAUUCACCAAACAAAACGCAAAAGGCUCGGGUACCCCUCUCCAACACGGCCAUCGACCAACAAACCACCAAAAGAGCUGGGUACCUUCUACACGGCCAUCACCAACAAACCAGCCAAAAGAGGGGUACGCUCCAAACACGCCAUCACCAACAACCACAAAAGAGUCGGUACCUCUCCCAACACGCCAUCACCAAAACAACCGCAAAAGAGCUCCGGUUACUUCCUACACGCCGAUCACCAACAACAGGCAAAAGAGCUGCGGGUACCUCUCCCAACACGCCACCACCAACAAACAGCAAAAGAGCUGGGUACCUCUCCAACACGCCAUCACCAACAACAGCAAAAGAGCUGGGUACCUCUCCAACACGCCAUCACCAACAACAGCAAAAAAGAGCUUGGGUAACCUCUCCAACAAAACACAGUACCAACAACCCAACAAAGAGCCGGGUUUCUCUUCAACACUCCAGCCCCAACAACCGUAACUGA